UACAAAAUCCAACGAUGAGGCACAUCGUGAAAUAGCAAAUCCGAAAGAAAAAUAGGCUGGCCGGUGGCCGCCUGGGAGCCCAGCCGUUGUUUUCCUUUUCUCCCCUGUUCGUUUUUAGCUCUUGGAGUCGCUUCUCCUCCAAGCCCGAUCUGCGCCGCCGCCGCCCAUAUUCGCUGGACCCGCGGCGCCCUAAACUCCUCUCUCGUUCUUGCUCUUCCUAGUUCAGUUCGCUGCCGCUGCCACUCCGGCCCUGCGACCUCGGCCUCCCCAGUAUCUGACGCCGAAUCGCGAUCUGUUUCAUACCCAUCUCGUGCCAAUUAUGUGUUAAAUUCAGGUGGAUUGGAAAUAGCUGUCUGUUUGGGCGUAUACCUCUCUGCUCCUGCUCUCGCGGUGUUAGGCUAGGCUGGGGAGGUCCUCCGACAAUAUUCUCGCGAGCAAUUUGGUAUCACCGGUUGGAUCAACAGAGAGGAGCGCGUGUUUUUGUUAGUCGGGAAUCCACUGGCAGUAGCAUUAUUUCUCUUUGAUCAGGUUGCUAGGUGGCUGGGAGUGGGACUGGUCCUUGUUUUUCGUUGGCUUUCCUUUAAGCUCGUUUUUUAGCUUACUGUAUCAUGUGAUAUGUGCUGAUGCCGGCAGUUGGUUCAUGGGAUGGGAGACCAAGACACAACAGGAUAGCUCAUAGCAUCUAGGAAUGUUACAGUUCACUGGGGUUAGAGAUUUUGGUGCCAAUUAGGGACUCUGUAAGUGCAUUUUGGUUUUGGCCAUGUCUUCUUGUACUUCCCCAGAUCCACCGGACUACUGCUCCGCUGUAUCGCCUGAGCUUAAACUAUACCAGGCCUUCAUCUUCUCUGUGCCAGUUUUCUUCACAUUCGUCUUGCUUCUCUUCUUCUACUUGUUCUACCUGUGGCGGCGCAGAGUGAAUUGGCAGUCCUCGCAAAUGAGGGCUGAUAAUUUGAUCAGGGGGGAUAACCCUAGGUUGGAGUGUGGCAUAAAUAAGGAGAUGCGUGAGAUGUUGCCAGUUGUGAUCUUCAAGGAGAGCUUCUUGAUCAGGGAAACACAGUGCUCGGUCUGCUUAGCAGACUAUCAAGCAGAUGAGCGGCUUCAGAGAAUACCCCCUUGUGGUCACACCUUCCACAUCGAUUGCAUUGACCACUGGUUUUCUAGGAACACUACUUGCCCUCUUUGCCGAGUAUCGCUCCUGACUGCCCCCAGAGCUGCCAGCGUCGCUCCGACCGAUCUGGAAACACAAGCCAUCGAAGAGGACUGCUCUUCAAGUGCGCAGCAUCAUGUGGGCCUUAGAGAUGAGCACACGCGACCGGAGGAUCAGGCAGUGGACGGCAGGAUCAGUGACGGCCCAUCACAGCAGACUAACGUGGAUGCAUCAGUUAUUGUAGUCAUCGCGCCUCAAACAGCAGGGUCUCCAAGUUCUUGCCACUUGUCUGCCGUGUAAGCAAAAGAAAUAAGGCUUUUUACUGUCUUGUUGUAUGUUUAGCUGCUGUUAGAAGGAUUAAUAAGAGGCGCACAAAGAUCUGCAUCAACGGUAAACUGACUCUAGAGGAGGGAAAAACGUCUAAAUCUUGUACUGGAAACAGAGGAAUAGUCGUAUUUUUUUUACCACAACUGA